AUGCCUGACGAGUUCCUUGCCAGCAACCCCCCCCCGCUCUGGAUCACGCUCUACCACAUCGUCACCCGCCUCCCUGACUCUCUGCGCGCAGUCAGGGAUCACUUCCUCGCUCGCUCUCCCACUGAGCUCACCAUUGCCCUCCUCGAGAAGGAAUUGCUUGCAGCUGAGGCGAGCAUCGUCGCUGUAGGCACCUCUCGUGGCGACCCCCGCACCCCGUUCUUUGAGGGGUGUUCCCCUUCCCCUCUCCUCCCCUCUGUCGCCUCUGCUGCUGCUGUCGACCUCCUUGGUGCUGAGAAGGUCGGGGCCGCGUCUGCUCCGAGCGGGCGCCGCAGGGGCAAAGGGGGCAAGGGUGGAGGUGGCGGCGGGGGAGGCGGGAGUGGUGGCGGUGGGGGUGGCGGUGGGACUGGAGAGGCUAGUGGCGGCAGUGGGGGUGGUGACAGCAGCGGCGGGAGCGGUGGCAGGGGCGGAGGCGGCAGCGGAGGCGGAGGUGGUCGUGGCGGCGGCAGGGGUGGAGGUGGCCGGGGCGGUGGCGGCGGCGGUGGUGGUCGUGGAGGCGCUGGCGGUGGCCAGAGUCAGCAGCCCGCCCCGUCGCUUCAGGCCGCCCGUGAGUGGUAUGCGCAGCGUGGCUUUACCUGCACGUACGUCAUUCGCACUGGUGACCGCACUGGCCAGCAGUGUGGGAGGCCGCAUCCCACACAGCGCUGUUUCGCGCGCCUUACUGACGCAUGGCGUGCCCAGUUUCCUGAUGCCACUGAGCUGCCCCGCUGGGCUGAUCUGGAGAAGAAGGGAGUUGAUAUCUGGGCUUUAGACUUUGAUGCUAUUCUCACUGCCAUGUAUGCGAUGUUUACUAGUGGAGAGGGUGCUCAGUACUUGCGUGUUCCGCCCGACCCGGGCAUUCUGACCAGUCCGGCUGCCGCUCUAGGUGCUAGUGAGUCUGCUGCCCCAGGUCCUGGUGAGGCUGCUGCUCUAGGUGCUAAUGAGUCCGUUCCCUCUGGUACUGAGUCGACUGCAGCACUGCACACCUUCAUUCUUAUCGUGGCGUGUUCGGUCUUACGGGGAACUAGCUGUGUUUUCAAGCUGGUGCGGUGA